GCCAAAUGGGGAAUGAAUCUGCCACCAACUUGUGUAAUUUUACGAAUUGAAGCAAAGGCCAUAAUGCACUAAUGCGCAAAGGGAAAGAUUUGUAAUUGACUUUGCUUAGAUUAGUACGCUUAACUUACUGACCUUUCCACAUGUCAAUUAAAUAGUUAUUAUAAUAGCACAUAACAUUCUAUAAAUAGCCUUUUAGCGAUGCAUCAUCAGACACGUACCAAUUAUUAACCUUCUUCUAGCUAGUUAUGGGGUCAUCCAAAGUCUCAUUUGCACUUAUCUGUUUCAUCACUCUCGCCAAAUUUCACAUCACCCAUGCACAAAAUUCCCAGCAAGAUUACUUAGAUGCUCACAAUGCGGCACGUGCCCAAGUUGGCGUCGGAAACAUGGUAUGGAACGCCACUGUUGCUGCUUAUGCUCAGAACUAUGCUAACCAGAGGAUAGGGGACUGCAACCUUGUCCACUCUGGUGGACCUUAUGGCGAGAACCUUGCCGAGGGUAGUGGAACCUUCACUGGUACUGUAGCUGUUAACUUAUGGGUAGCCGAGAAAACUUAUUAUGAUUAUACGACAAAUACGUGUGCUAGCGGACAUGUCUGUGGACACUAUACUCAAGUAGUGUGGCGUAAUUCGGUUCAACUUGGGUGUGCUAGGGUUCAGUGCACUAAUAAUGGUUGGUGGUUCGUUAUUUGCAGCUGUUAUCCUCGAGGAAACUACAUUGGCCAGUCUCCUUACUAGUUAAUAUAUGUUGUUGCUAAUAAAUACAACUUAUGAAUAAACAUUGCAUUAUGAAUUGCAUGUAUUUUCAAGUGAUAAGAAAUAAAAACGAGUUUUAAACAUUAA